GGCGCGGGCAGGAUGGGGCGGUGAGGGGCGGCCGUGCCGGACAGCCCGCGGCAGCCGCGCCGGGCCCCGAGCGAGCCGAGCGGGCGGUGGUGAAAAAGACAAUAUCAAGAUGAGUAAAAAGCCUCCAAAUCGUCCUGGAAUCACAUUUGAGAUUGGUGCUCGUUUGGAGGCACUGGACUAUUUACAAAAAUGGUAUCCAUCUCGAAUUGAGAAGAUAGAUUAUGAAGAGGGGAAGAUGUUGGUGCAUUUUGAACGCUGGAGCCAUCGCUACGAUGAGUGGAUUUACUGGGACAGUAACAGGUUGCGACCUUUGGAGCGACCAGCAUUAAGGAAAGAGGGGCUGAAAGAUGAUGAAGAAUUUGUUGAUUUUAAACCUGGAGAAGAAGUCUUAGCUCGUUGGACAGACUGUCGGUAUUACCCUGCAAAGAUUGAAGCAAUUAAUAAAGAGGGAACAUUCACAGUGCAAUUCUAUGAUGGUGUCAUUCGGUGUCUUAAAAGGAUGCAUAUCAAGUCUAUGCCGGAGGAUGCAAAAGGGCAGGAUUGGAUAGCUUUGGUCAAAGCUGCUGCUGCAGCAGCAGCCAAGAACAAAGCAGGAAGUAAACCUAGAACCAGUGCAAACAGCAAUAAAGAUAAAGAGGACAGAAAAUGGCUAAAAGUCCCUUCAAAAAAGGAAGAAACCUCAACCUCUACAAUCAUGCAGGAAGUCCAAAAAAAGGAAGAGGAGCCUACAUCUAGUGACACAUUUGAAGUAGGAUUUCCUGUAGUGGAUGUUCCAAAGAUGGCCUUUGUGCAGGCAGAGAGCACUUUAUCACACAAGAGGAAAAGUAAUCUAGGCAACUCAUUUCAGGCAAAGAGAGCUCGCCUAAACAAGAUCACUGGUUUAUUGGCAUCCAAAGCUGUUGUUGCAGAUGGUGCUGAAAAAAAGGAAGGCAACAAAGAAACAGCUCCAGUCCUGGAGCAGGAGAUUUCACCUAAACCACAAAGUCAGAAAAAAAAUGAAGCUGAUAUUAGCAGUUCUGCCAACAUUCAGAAACCUGCACUGUUAUCCUCAACUUUGUCUUCAGGAAAGGCUCGCAGCAAGAAAUGCAAACAAGAAUCUGGAGAUUCUUCCGGGUGUAUAAAGCCCCCUAAAUCACCACUUUCCCCAGAAUUAAUACAAGUCGAGGAUUUGACGCUGGUCUCUCAGCUUCCUUCUUCUGUGAUAAAUAAAACUAGUCCAUCACAGCCAGUGAGUUCCCCUAGAUCCUACAAACAUAGCCAACGGAGAAGAAGAUCACAGCGUUUAGCCACUUGCUCCUUGCCUGAUGAUUCUGUAGAAAAAGUUUCUUCUCCCUCUUCAGUUACUGAUGGAAAACUGUUCUCCAUCAGUGGUCAAAACCAGCAGUCAUCAAAAUUGGAGGUACCUGAUGUUGCUCAUGUGUCACUUGAGAAGCGUGGACCAUGUCUGCCUCUUGAUUUAAGCCGUAGUUCGGAAGUUACAGCACCAUUAUCCGCAGAAUCCACUUUCCGUAAUGAAUAUCCCAGUAAAGACAAGGAAGAUAUUCAGAUGAUUACAUAUCUUUCUUCCAAAGCAGUAACUGAUGGAAGAGUAGCUACAACAGCGUCAGGUGCAGCUAGAAUGGAAAGAAAAGGAAAACUGGAAGAGAAAAGUUCUUCAACAUAUGGUAAAAAGAAAGAAAAAGAAAAGGAGAAAAAGGAGAAGAAGGAAAAAGAUCAUAAACCAAAACAGAAAAAGAAGAAGAAAAAAAAGAAGAAAUCAAAACAGCAUGAUUAUUCAGAUUAUGAAGACAGUUCUGUUGAAUUCCUGGACAGGUGUUCCUCUCCCUUAACGCGGUCCUCAGGCAGCUCUCUGACAUUGCGCAGUAUGUUCUCAGAGAAGAACACUUCAUACCAGUAUCCAAGAGCUAUCCUGUCUGUUGACCUUAGUGGAGAAAACCUUUCAGAUGUGGAGUUCUUGGAUGAUUCUUCCACAGAGAGUUUGUUACUUAGUGGUGAUGAAUACAAUCAGGAUUUUGAUUCAACUAACUUUGAAGAGUCUCAGGAUGAAGAUGAUGCUAUCAAUGAAAUUGUUAGAUGCAUUUGUGAACUUGAUGAAGAAAAUGGCUUUAUGAUUCAGUGUGAAGAAUGCUUGUGUUGGCAGCACAGUGUAUGCAUGGGACUGUUGGAGGACAGCAUUCCAGAGCAGUACAUCUGUUACAUCUGCAGAGAUCCACCAGGACAGAGGUGGAGUGCCAAAUAUCUCUAUGACAAAGACUGGCUAAACAACGGACACAUGUGUGGAUUAUCAUUUUUGAAAGAGAACUACUCUCAUCUUAAUGCCAAAAAGAUCGUGUCAACACAUCACCUACUGGCAGAUGUUUAUGGGGUAACUGAAAUACUGCAUGGAUUGCAGCUGAAGAUUGGCAUACUGAAAAAUAAGCAUCACCCAGACCUUCAUCUCUGGGCUUAUUCAGGGAUGAGAAAAGAACAAGAACAAAGAACUGUUGGGGUAGAGAAAAAGUUAGUGACUUUACAGGAUGCUGUUAAUCCAGCUGAAAGGACGUGUCAUAGUCAAAACCAUAAAGAGCCACCCAGUAUACCCCAGAAGAUGGAAGAAACGUAUAUCACAAGUGAGCACAGUUACCAAAAACCACAGAGUUUUAGCCAUGACUACAAAGCAGUCACUGACCCUAUGAGCUCAGAUGAUGAAGACACAAGUAGCUUUGAGGAAGAUCAGGAAUAUCAUACAGAGAAUAAAAACUGUUUACAAUAUUCUUUUAGAGAUGGUGGCAUGAAUGAGCAGAAUUCUGCAGAAGGAAACACUGUGUUUGUUUGUAAUGAAAGAAAAGGCUCAGAAGAACAAGUGGACACACAUCUUCAAUGGCAGCUAAAUCUCCUCACCCAUAUAGAGAAUGUACAGAAUGAAGUCACCAGCAGAAUGGACCUGAUUGAAAAAGAAGUUGAUGUUUUAGAAAGCUGGCUUGAUUUCACUGGAGAACUGGAACCACCAGAUCCUCUGGCAAGAUUGCCUCAGCUCAAGCGACGUAUCAAACAGCUCUUAAUUGACAUGGGAAAAGUACAGCAAAUAGCAACACUUUGCUCUGUAUGACAAAAGGAAGAAUAAAGAAGUAAAAAUAGGUUCUUUACAGUGAAUUUUCUUAUUAGCCACAAGACUGACAGGAAGACAGCAAAAAGCUGAGCAUUUAUAUGGUUCUUUGCAGAUUACAUUAAUAGCCUGAAGCUUUAGAAAGAAGAGAGGAAGUUUAGUGUCAGGAAUCUGUUUUAUUGAAAAUAUGAAUAUUCAAUGUCCAGGCUUCAAAAUUAUAUAUAAUAUACUGAGAAAAGUAAAUUUCUCAGGAUUUUAACAUGUUAAACAAGUAAAUCCCCAGAUACAAGAAAAUUCAAUAAACAAAAAAACCAAAAUCUCUUUGAAGAGCAAUGCUACUAUUUUGGAACCCUUGGGAAACAUUUCUAAAUUAGCACAAUUCAGCUGACUAAAAAUACAAUCCUCUUAUCUUGCUGAUGAAAGAUACAGAGAGAGCUGUAUCUUCCCUACAAGGAAGGUUUUUAGAUUAUUCCUUUCUCAUAUGAAUGUUCAGGAAAUCAAACAAUACUAGCUUUGAUUUUUGAAAAAAAUUACUUGUCAUGGUCUCCCUUUUAAAAUAUUUUUUUAAAUAGAAAUCCCUAGAACAGCACCCCUAGGCUCCUUUAAAACAGAAGUGGAAAAUAGUGAUCAGAUGUGCCAAAUAAUAUUAAAAUCACUGGGAUGAGAGUUUGAUUAUGACUUAGGUGAAGGUUUUUUCCGAAGUCCUACUCGGUGCCAGCAGUCCAUCCAAAAUUGUAUCUAGUUUAUAUUUUUUUAUGUUCUAUAGCAGUGUUCAGGAAUCAAGGUACAAUUUUUGUCCUGGGUAGCUCUGUUCUGAUGUCGGCCCUCUGAAAAUGUCACCAUCCUCACUGGGGAUGGGGAACGACAAGAGCAGUAAAACUGUCUGUGACUGUGGAAAUUCUAAAUACCAUUAGAGAAAAAAAUCACAAGAUACCUUAUCCAAGUUGUUUUUAUAAAAUUUUUCAGCUUCAGUGAAUGAAAUGUCAUGAAACCAAAGGCAACCUACUUGCUCUGUUAGCUCUUGCUGAAUUUUGAGCCCAGGACUUUCCCUGUGCUGAUAAGUUGCCGCUGUACCCAGUGCUACAUCUGUGUCUGUGUAUGUAUAUGUGUAUAGCUACAUGUACAUAUAUACAUACCAUACACAUUUCUACCUACACAUGUCUAGUUUUAUUACCAUAGACUACAAGAACUGGUGGUUCAUAUUACCUUUUAACAAGCAGUUUCUAAAAUUGAAAAUAAUGUAUGUACAGGUUUUGAAAUUUGUAAAAUAUGACUGUUAAAAGGAGGCUAUUUAACUGAGGACUUUAAGAUACUUGAACAUUUUAUGCCUCAUGUCUGUUUAUCAGUUCUAGUUAUCUGUAUAAAUGCAUUUUAGAACCGAUAGACAGUAAACUUGAAUUUACCUUUUGAUAUGAGUACAAGCCACUGUACAUUCAAAAAUUAUUUAAAUUUGCAAACACACUGUUCUAUAUGUAAGGUACUGUAUGUAAAACUGUUUAUUAAAACUAUUCUGCAUACUCUACAUUUUCCACUUUUCUUCCUGAUCUACAUACAAAUGUAAAAAAAUAAGUGAUUGUUAUUGUGUACAGACCAUCAAAAAAUCUUGGAAUGCCUUUUAAGGAUGCAUACAACUGAAAAAUGUGCCAAAGAUGGAUUAUCUGGGAAAGACUUUGCAACCAGUGCAUUGAACUUUCAUGAUAAAACCAUUAUUGAGAAAGAAAGCAGCGUGGCUGGUUCAUUGCUAAAUUAAACCUAUCCUGACCUUUCCUCCCUGUCUGUCAUACCUGAAGUGAGUUAUCACUCCUGAUGGCCAAAGCAAAAUUUCCCUCUUACAGAGCAGUUGCUAUUUAAAGUCUUCCCGCAUCAAGCUUGUGAUGUAUCACAUCACAGAGCUGUCUGAUAACAUGGAAGUAUGGAAUGGUUGGCAACUCCAUAAUGCAGAAAGAACAUUAGAGCUGUGGAGAUGUUGUCAUCUUAUAGCAACUGUUAAUAAAUACUCUGUGUUAUAUAGUUGAUGCUUAAAUAACUGCUUCAAACAUGAAUAGUUGAGUGAUCUACUUGCUUUUGGAUAUGUGAGAUGUUUUUAUAGACUAUUCACUUGCUGCAUAUCCUUGAAUGUGGUACUGUGUGUACUGUAUAAGAGAAGUAUAAAUCCAGAUGAAUUACUUUGAAACAAAGUGGAGUGUAUUUACAGAAUUUAUACAGCAUACACUGUAGCAAUAUUAUGCAAUGUGUGUGCAUGUGUGUGAUGUAAUAUAAUUGUAAAUGUUACUGAAAGUGAAGGUGGACUUGGAAAGUUAGUGGGGAGGACAGAGGUUUUAUUCUUACUACAGAGAUGGAGGAAUGGUAUCCUGAUAAGGAAAUCCUAAGGUCAAAGUUGAAGUUGCCCUUGCAGCUUUAAUGUGUCUUCUAUUUGUAUGUAUAAUGGCCUCUUAAUUUACAUGAAUAUGUAAUUUUUCCCUUCAAGAUCCUGCCUUGUUCAGGAUGGACUGUGCUUACAAAAACAAACUGUUCAGUAUUUUUUUUCUGUUCAUUGUGUAGUCAUGUAUUAUAAAAAUUCCUGCAAGCAUUCAUAUCUUCUAAGAAAUACAAUCUCGGUGUCCGUACGGACUGUGCUACGUAUGAUACAUCGUGUACUGCUUGAAUGUUUCACAAACUUGUCUGAGUUUGCUUUUUCAAGUCGUGGUGCUGGUCUUCAAUAUGUGGAUGUUAGUUUUUGACCCUAGUAUCUCAAAUUUUCAAAGAUUUGGGAUGCUUUUGAGGUUUUUCUUUUAAACACGAGUCAAGUGCCAUAAAAAUGCUAAAUGUUUUGCACAGAAUGUAACCUAGACUUGAUUGCUUUGCUCGUGUGCCAGUCAACCCCAGUGUGAUCUGGCUCUUACCAGAAUUUCCUCCUAGCUGGCCUUAUCGAGAGAAUCUUAUUCCUGUAAGCAUAAUUUUCCAUCUGUCUUCCUGCUUCCUCUCUAAAUGAGCCAGGGAUGUACAGUCAGUCUAUUUGCAACAUCAUUUAUUUGGGUGUGAAUUGUGGCUGCAUUGUUUGAUGGAGAGGACAGACCCUCUCUGAGGAAAAAAUAGUAAAUGGCAAUGUAAAGACUGUUUGAUACGUGUGUACAGAAAAGCAAAAUGUUUAAAUUUGCAGCAUUCUUUCAAUGAAUAGGAGUUCUAAAGAGUAAUAGACAAAAGGGAAAUGCCAUUUUACAGAAGUCUCUUGUGAUUUCACAGAGCUAAAUGGCAAUUUAAAUGGCAGUGGAGCCUUUGAAUGCCCAGCUUUUUGUCUGAGGUUUAGUUGGGGGUUUGUUUGUUUGUUUUUUUAAUGGAGGUAUCAGGGUGAUUUAAUUUCAAAGCCUGCUCCUACUUGUGACCAUACCGAAGGCAUCUACAUCAGGAGUUCUGUGUUUCAGUUGCAGUGAAGGCAGGGCAGCAGUACUGCAGUCAUAAAUGAAAUGUAGUGUUGGUGCUGUGGUCUGGUGUGAUACGAUGGGGCUGCCACGUUCUGGUUACAAAAUGGACAUAUUCAGGUCAUAUUGCAGGGAAUGGGUUGGAAGAUGCUUCCUGUUAACCCUUUUCUUGGGUAGCUGUAGGUCGAAUAGUGCCCAUAUUUUAUAUACUCUGGCCUUACAUGCAUAGAUGUUUGUUCAGUUGUGGAGUGGUUUACAGUGGUAGAAGCCUGUUGUUUUCUUUCAAAUAGACAAAGAAGAUGGGUUGCAAUUUUCUGAUAGAUUUCCUGUAUUUGCUGGGUAGCAAAGAAUUGAAACUGUUCUUCCAUGGAUGCAGUAAUCUUGUAUGGCUGACAGCCACUUUUCUCUCUUAAUUUUGUCUCUGAGCUUCUACAUGUGCUCAUCUGUUCAUUUUGCAGCUUGCAUCUGUUUUCUCCUUUCGUUCUUCAGCUUUCUGCACUCUGGCUUCUGAGGUACCUGGAGGGUGUCACUCCUCUGUUCUCAUGCCCAGUUCCUCCUGGCUGCUGUGGGAAGCAGUCGUGGGGAAAGGCCUCUUUGACUCUUCUAUCCACAGCCUCCAGAGCAUUCUGGGACUUGUGUACAGUUGGAGUGUGUGCACCAUAAUCAAAAUCUCCAGGUGUUUUUGAUGCCUUUCUUAAGUAAGCCUCUUCUGUCUUAUGCAAUUGGUGAUCUUCCUCUACUCCCAUCUGGCUUCUAACUUAACUAGACCUGAAUUAAUGUUACAGCAAAACCCCUCUGGCACUGUUGGGCUCCAGCAGUCCUUACCAAACUGAGGGUUGGGAUGCAAAGGAGUCAUUCAAACAUUACAGUAAAAUUGUAAAAGUAUUUGAUGUUGUAAACCACAUUAUUUUUCCCUUGCAUUUAAAGGGAAGCUGUAAUAACGUUUCUUCACUGGAAAUUCAAAAGGCACAAAACAGAUCCUGAACUGAACUGGAGCUUGGUGUAAAAAUCAACAAGUGGAGGAUGGGCAGGACUCUGCAGGCAGGGGCUUCACAGCCAAAGAGCAGUCUGGCUGUCCCAGCUGCCUUGCCCUAUUAGUAGCUCUGUGGAGGUGCUGGUCUGUGUGUAAAGGGGGUGUGUGCAAUGAUGCCAUUCAUUUACGAGUAGGAUUGUUUAGAACACUGGAACUGCAGGUUUUUGCUCUACUGCUUAAAGAUGUUUCAGUAUAUGCACCUUAAUUUUGGAGUGCUUAUUAAGGUCAGAGGCUUAAUCACUUUUGAAAUGCCCAUUGCUAUUCUCACAUUUUUUUAGCUCACAAUUUUUUUCUCUUGUACUGAUUGCAUAUGGCUUUAGGUGAGGUUUUUGCAGAGGCUGUUUGAAAUGCUUCAGUAAUGGUUUCUAUUAUAAUUUGUUAUGUCCUGGGCACUGGGUGUGGGGGUCUGUCUUUAGCAAUAAAUAUUAUACACUAUGUGUAUAUGUUUGUAUAUGGAAAACAAAUACAGAGCAUGUAACAAUGGUGAAAAUACACUGCAUCGAGUGCAGAUUGUGCAUUUGGCAGCCAUUCUGCACCAGUCUGAACAAUCCAAAUGAAAAAUUGGAGACCACGUGGAGAAAAUGAACUAGCAUGAAAAAUCAUUCAGGACAGAAAUUCCCUUCCCUUACUCUGUGGGCUGGAUAACUAAAGCUAGUUCAAUUGCUGUUUGCUUCAAACAGCUGUCUUCCUUUCCUGAAAACUGGCCAAGCCUCCUGUGUUCAGCUGUAGCCAUGUGCAUCAGUGUAUUGUCACUAAACACUCUGAGAGAGGCAGCACUGCACUAUGAUUAAAUCUUCUAUGAGAGAAGCAAAAUACUUCCUUCUGUGAUUUGUUUUUUAUAAUAGCAAUAAUGUUGACUGCAUUCUAAUACUCACAAUAAAGGUCUGUUGAGAUUGU